UUUCGCGUCGGACCUCAGAGUAUAGGGGGACGCGCACAGGCGGCGAACCCAUUAGCGUUCGGGUUCUUCUGCCCGCGUUGCCGUGGUUACCCCCCAGGAGGUUUGCUGAGACCCGCGGGGGAGCAUGAGGCCGGCUUUGGGCAGACUAUUCUGCCUGGGACGGGAACCCUAUGUAAAAGAGAUGGCAGCCAGAAGACUUAUCAGUCUUACCUUUGAACCAUCCAGAAAGAAUCCUGUCUGUUCUGCAGGUAACCAACUGCUGACCUGUGUCAGGCAUUACCGGUCUCAUCCAGCCCAUGGCAUCGGCCGGUACAAACAUCUCUUACCAGAGGUUUCCAAAAAGAGGCGGGACAGAGUGCAGAUGAAGGAGAUCGACCCCGGGACGGAGCACACCUACGGCUUCCUGAACAUCGUGAUGACCGCCUACGACAUGAGCCUCGUGGAGCACUACGCGCGGUACAUCCACAAGCUCUGCAACCGGCUGUCGGUCAGAGUGGAGGAAAGCUACGCCAUGCCCACAAAAACCAUGGAGGUGAUGCAGAUGCAGCAGCAGGGCUCCAAGAUGUACCCGGACGCCGUCCUUACCACCCACCAGCGCAUCGUCCAGAUCAGCGGUGUGAGGGCCACGUUUGCGCCCAUCCUCUUGGAAAUGAUUCAGAGUAACCAGCCAGAAGGCGUUCACCUGUUAGUGAAAGAGCAUACUGAAGAUGACUUCAAGGUUCGGCUGAAGGCUCGCCCGGAACUCGAAGAGCUGCUUUCCCAGAUGAGUUGAGCUGAGCCCAUUGCUUCUUCUCGUCAAGAAGGUCAACUCCGCAGCCCCCUCUGGGUUCUUUCCGUGCUGACUCUGUGGAAACAAACCGGUGUGCAAACUCUGCCCGCUAGCCACGUUUCCCGUGCUGCUACUGGUCUUAUUUUAAUCGUCACAAGUUUAAAUUUCAGCCGUGCGCUGCGGCAUCCAGCAAUGCGAGAUGGAACCCGAGAGAGAGGAUGCCGCUGGCGCAGAUGGGCGCCACUAGCUGAAGUGGCCUUCGUGCAGAUUUGGGGAUGACGACGUCUUACAUAUCGGCCUCUCCCAAGCAAGCGAUUUUUGAAUAAAUUAAAAAAUGGUAUCAUGUAA